AAACCAACGGUUUUGUCUUUACGAAAUGCAAAGAGUCUUCUAGACCCUUUUCUAAAAAACCACUCACUCACUCACUCUCGUUUCAAAAAACCAUUUCCCUUAUCCACCAACCAAAAUCCAGAACCUCCUCGUCUCACAAAAAAAAUGGCCUCCGCAAACGCUCUCUCCUCCGCCUCCGUCCUCUGCUCUUCACGCCAGAGAAAGCUCAGUGGUGGAACUCAGCAGAAAGGUGAAAGAGUAAGCUACAAAAAAGCAAAUAGACGUUUCAGCGUUAGAGCAAAUGUAAAAGAGAUCUCUUUCGACCAGAGCUCAAGAGCUGCUCUUCAAGCUGGUAUUGACAAGCUUGCUGAUGCCGUUGGCCUCACUCUUGGCCCUAGAGGGAGAAAUGUCGUGUUGGAUGAGUUUGGAAGUCCCAAGGUCGUGAAUGAUGGAGUCACCAUUGCUAGGGCCAUUGAGUUACCUGACGCUAUGGAGAAUGCUGGUGCAGCUCUCAUCCGUGAGGUUGCUAGUAAGACUAACGACUCAGCUGGUGACGGCACCACCACAGCUUCCGUCCUCGCUCGGGAGAUAAUCAAACACGGCUUACUAAGCGUCACUUCCGGUGCCAAUCCAGUCUCCCUCAAGAGAGGAAUCGAUAAAACCGUCCAAGCUUUGAUCGAAGAGCUUGAGAAGAGAGCUAGACCUGUCAAAGGCGGUAGUGACAUCAAAGCCGUGGCUACAAUCUCUGCUGGAAAUGAUGAGCUUGUGGGAACAAUGAUUGCUGAUGCCAUUGACAAAGUUGGACCUGAUGGUGUUUUGUCCAUUGAAUCUUCUUCCUCCUUUGAGACUACCGUCGAAGUUGAAGAAGGAAUGGAGAUUGAUAGAGGUUACAUCUCACCACAGUUUGUUACAAACCCUGAGAAGCUCCUAGUCGAGUUCGAGAACGCUAGGGUGCUGAUCACCGAUCAGAAGAUCACUGCCAUCAAAGACAUCAUCCCUAUCUUAGAGAAAACCACUCAGCUUCGAGCUCCGUUGCUCAUCAUCGCGGAGGAUGUCACCGGCGAGGCCCUAGCGACCCUCGUCGUGAACAAACUCCGCGGCGUGCUCAACGUGGUCGCAGUCAAAGCUCCAGGGUUUGGUGAAAGAAGGAAAGCUAUGCUUCAGGACAUUGCCAUCUUGACGGGGGCCGAGUACCAGGCCCUCGACAUGGGCCUUCUGGUGGAGAACACGACCAUAGAACAGUUGGGGAUCGCUAGAAAAGUCACUAUUAGUAAAGACUCGACCACGCUUAUAGCUGAUGCAGCUUCCAAGGAUGAGCUGCAAGCUCGUAUCUCCCAGCUUAAGAAGGAGCUGUCCGAGACCGACUCUGUGUAUGACUCUGAGAAGCUCGCUGAGAGAAUCGCCAAGCUCUCUGGUGGUGUUGCUGUUAUUAAAGUCGGAGCAGCGACUGAGACUGAGCUCGAGGACCGUAAGCUUCGUAUUGAGGACGCGAAGAACGCUACAUUUGCUGCAAUCGAAGAAGGGAUAGUUCCUGGCGGCGGCGCCACGCUGGUGCAUCUCUCAACUGUGAUUCCUGCUAUUAAGGAGAAGCUGGAGGAUGCUGAUGAGCGUUUGGGAGCUGACAUAGUACAGAAGGCUUUGGUGGCACCAGCUGCGCUUAUUGCUCAGAACGCUGGAAUAGAAGGAGAAGUUGUUGUGGAGAAGAUUAUGUUCAGCGAGUGGGAGAUAGGGUACAAUGCCAUGACUGAUACAUAUGAGAAUCUGUUGGAAGCUGGAGUGAUUGAUCCAGCUAAAGUGACGAGAUGUGCGCUUCAGAACGCUGCUUCGGUUGCGGGGAUGGUGCUGACAACUCAGGCUAUUGUUGUUGACAAACCGAAACCUAAGGCUCCUGCUGCUGCUGCUCCUCAAGGUCUCAUGGUGUAAUGAAAUCACUUUAUCAUAUGGCUAUAUUUGUUGUCCCCAAUUAUCUGCAAUUUUUUUUCUCUGGGGAAAUGAGUAGUUUGUUUAACGGUCAUGAGAAAUAAUCAUCUUUUUGAUUUAUGAUUUGCAGAAUAAAAGUUUAUAUUCAAUAUCUAGUAAACCUUGUUUAGCA